AUGUCGUCUCCAGAGAUGUGCUGGCCGGUGCCGAUGCGAGCCAUCGGGGCUCAGAACCUCCUCACCAUGCCCGGAGGAGUCUCCACUGCUGGAUAUCUGCACAAGAAGGGAGGCAGCCAGUUCAGUCUGAUGAAAUGGCCCCUGAGGUACAUCAUCAUCCACAAAGGAUGUGUGUAUUACUUUAAGAGCAGCACCUCGGCUUCACCACAGGGAGCGUUCUCUCUCAACGGCUACAACAGGGUGAUGAGAGCAGCAGAGGAAACGACGUCCAGCAACGUUUUUCCUUUUAAAAUCGUCCAUUUCAGUAAGAAGCACAGAACGUGGAUAUUCUCUGCAGCCAGUGAGGCUGAGCGACGGAAAUGGAUGCGAUAUCUGCGAAGGGAAAUCGAUCACUAUAACGACAGAAGAGAGUCCCAUUUGUCCAGUGACUCAGAUUCAGACGCUGACAGUUUUUAUGGCACAAUAGAACGGCCCAUGGACAUCAAACAGCCCGUUGAAACUCCUGACGAUGAUUAUGAUGAUGAGGACGAUGAAGACUACCUGAAGCCAGACAAUGAUCUUUCGCAGGAACAUUCAGGACGACCCAUGGGGCUGCCCCCCUCUUAUCCUCCUCCUCCGAUACCGGCAGCCAUACCGUCCCAUCCAGAUACAAGUCCAAAUCUGAUAAAAGGCCCGCCUCCAUUUACUCUGCCACCGCACAGAGCCCCAUCGAGUCCACUCCCCAAGAAACCCCCACCUUUGCCCCCUCUGAAAGACUCGGGCAAAGGCCCACUGCCUCCACCUCCUUGUGCCCCCCACCGUCCAAAGUCCCCAUCAUACCUGCCGCCUCCUGUUCCCUUCACCCCAAAGAAAAGUCUUCAGAACUGGCCGGUCUUAAGUCCUGGUGGGACACAGUUGCUGGUACCAAACUGUGUUGGACAUAAACCAAGUGUUCCGACUCCCCAACCUGCAGUUCUUGGAGGGUCUUUUCAGACUGGGAACCACUUGGCCCCGACUCCCCCAUCGCCGCUUGCCAAGCCUCCAAUACCCAAACCAGCAACACCCAUCAAAAGAACGACUCCGGACGGACAGAGCUUUCGCUCGCUAGUGGACGAGAAUCCCGUAGAGAUCAGGAGGAAGCCGUACUCGAACAAACAUGGUGGAGGAGACGACUCCGAUGACGACUAUGAGACGGUUCAGCUGCCAAAAUCCGUUUUCAUCAAUUCAAUGGAAACCACCUUCGUCGAAAAGCUCUUCAGAGAGACAGAAGCAUCUCCACAGGACGGACUUUACGGCAUCCGAAACUCCAGAACCAAAACCACGAGGGUUUUGGUGGUUUGGGACGUCAGUAUAAACAAAGCCAGGAACUACCGGCUGUUUGAGGAGGGCGACAGCGUGUUUCUGGAGAGCGACGUGACGUUCCCCAACCUGCCGGCUCUGAUCGAACACUACUACCUCAAACCUCUUCCUCAGCACGGCUCACUGUGUCUGCAGAAACCAUAUGGCAGGACUCAGACCAGCUGA